UGAUGGCGGACAACAGAAAGUCUGACAGCGGAGCGCAGGAACCAAAGAAAAAGAAGAGCCAGAGAGAUGAUGAAGAAGAUAUCCGAGCCAGCAGGAUUUUUUAAACCUCAUAUUGGACAUAUUCUCCGCUUCUCAAACGUUAGCCUUGCUAACAGCGGCUCUACGGUCCACCAGAACCUGGAUCUGGGUCUCAGCUGGUGCCUGCGGCGUCAGAGGCGGCGGAGCCUUCGGGUCCGGGUGUUCCGACUGAGCAACAAACAGGAAGUUGUCAAAAUAUGGAUGUUAAUUUUAAAGCAUCGAAAUAGGUUUACAAAAAAUCAGAAAGUUCUCCUCUCCAGAUCGCGCUCUGAAAGCCAGGUCCAAGCGGUGUCAUGGAGUCCGCAGAGAGCAGGUACGCCCACCUGCUGCAGCCAAUCAGAGAGCUCACCAAGAACUGGGAGAUUGAUGUGGCGUCAGAGCUCAACGACUACCUGGAGGAGCUGGACGAAAUGUGCAUCACCUUUGACGGAGGGAGAACCAGGCUGAACUUUGCUGAGGCUGCGCUGCUCAUCCAGGGCUCUACCUGCAUCUACAGCAAGAAGGUGGAGCUGCUCCACAGCCUGGUGUUCCAGACUCUGGAGUUCAUCAGCAGCAACAAGAAGCGCAGCCGGGCGGCGGCCCAACAGGGGGCAGCAGCAGUUGACCAGACGGAGCAGGAAGCUGAGGAUCUGGCUGUGUUCACUCCUCUGGAGCUGGACGAGUCUGCCACGCCCCCCAGGACAGAGCCUCACAUGGACAUCAGUGUGGUCCCUCUGCCUCCAGAGGCCCUGAUCCCUCCUGAGACUCAAGAGAAGAACAAGCUGCCUCUCAUCAGUGUUGGGGGGGAGGUGCUGUGCAGCCAGAAGGACUUCCGGGUCAACCUGUUCCUGCCGGGACCUGAUGACCUCAUCGUCCUGAUGCUCCAAUCAGCUGCAGCCUCCAGGUUCCUGCUGGACCAAUCGGCUGCAGCUGAAUCUGCUGUGACCUUUGACCCCAAUGAAGCUGCAGAGGACUUCCUUCCUGUCCAGGAGGAACUGAACCUGGAGCCGGAACCGGACCCAGAGGAGCACAUCGAGUGGCAGCAGGUCUCGGGUGAAGGCCGGCUGAUCCGGCGUGCUGCGGCGCGGCAGGAGGAAGAGGAGGAGCCUCCACCUGCUGUGAGCAACUGGACCCUCCAUGACCCGUACGCCGUCCUGGGAGGAGACCGGCCCCUUACACCAGGGAGGUGCUACCGGGUUCCUGACGGUCUGGAUGACGGGGGCAAGAGGAAGAGGAAGCGGACGAUUCUGCAGGACUUCCGGUCCUGGUUCCGAGGAGCCUUCCAGCCCCAAGAACCCAAGCUGAAGGUCGGACCCAGCUUCCCAGACCUCAACUACCUCUACCUGAGGACGCUGAGGGACAAAGUCCGGAGACAGAGGACGCUCUGCAGGACGCUGGGCGUUGUCAUGACGGAGGAGGAGCUCCGCAGAACCUUCCUGCAGCUGGAGGGGGCGGGGCCAGUGGAUGACGUCACACCUGCCAAGCUCCUGGGUGGAGACUCUGACGACUCGGACGCCGAGCCGGACGGCCUUCCUGCCGAGUUCAGAGAACCGGACUCCGCCUCCCCAGUAGAUGCUCAGUGGGACGACAUGACUUACGAAGAGCUGGUGAAGCUGCGUGUGGAGCAGCUGGUGGUGCACAGCCAGGGCUACACCCAGGAAUCGGCUCUGUCCCGCCGGGUCAGGGACUGGGAGGACAAGAUCCGCCCUGAGCUGGCGCUGCAGGAGGACCGACCUCCGUUUGACAUCCACGCCUACGGAGAGCGGAUCGUCGCCCAGCUGGGCGCUGUCGGCCGCAAGCGCUCCUUCGCCUCCAUCGUCCGCGGUUUGGACAACAUGGAGGCCUGCAAGCUGCUGCUGGCGUCACUGCAGCUGGCCAACGACUACUCGGUGGAGGUAGACAGUGCUGCGGGCCUGGAGGACAGCGUGGACUCCAUGUGUCUGACGCUGCUGAGCACGCAGCGAGCCACGGACCGCUUCAAGAUGCUGGCUGACUCCAGCUGAUGGGCUCGGUU